AUGUCUCGAAAAGUCUUCAUAAAAGUGCACGGAACAAUAUAUGAAACGCUGAAUACCACAUUGCAGCGUUAUCCGUUCACUCGUCUCGGCUCGGAAUCAAAGCGCGUGGCAUUUCAAGAAGCUGGAAACAGCGAGAUUUUGACAGUAGACUGUAAAAGUUCUGCAUUUGACGCAAUUUUAUUCUAUUACCAGUCAUUUGGCAUCCUAAGACGUCCGAAUGAUGUGUCUAUGGACGAGUUUGUACAAGAAUGCCGAAGCCUUGAGAUUGAGGAGAACGAUAUUAAGAAGAUGCAGGAGCAAGAAGGAUUUUUGUAUGAGAAAACAAAUAUUGGUUUUGAAAAUGUUCGUUGCAAAUUAUUGUACGAUCUUUGGAGAUUUUUGGAAGUUCCCGAGUCUUCGGUUGUAGCAAGCCUCUUCGCAGUGUUCAGUUGCGCCAUGAUCGCUAUUUUAACAUGCCUUACAUGUAUUCAAACACUGCCAUCGACAAAAGAGACUCGAAUGCUUGCAUUUUAUAAAAAUCCCUUGCUCUUAUUUGAGCUCGGUUUGAACUUAUUCUUCGGAGUCGAGUUUACCUUGCGACUGAUAGCGUCGCCAAAGAAGCUCGAGUUUAUCAAAUCAGUUUCUAACAUUGUUGAUUUCCUUGCGGUCUUCCCAUAUUUCAUAGCACUGAUUAUUGACGUCGAAAACAUUGGGUCAGUGCAAUUUUUACGCGUUGUCAGAACGGUGCGAAUCUUGAGACUGAUACGACUCACAAAACAUUCAAAGACAUUGGACAUUGCGGUACGCAUAAUGGGGAACUGCCUUGGUGACCUGCUGACAAUGGUAUCGAUCAUCUUUAUUUCCUGUUUCGUCUGUGGAGCGCUCGAGUAUAACGCAGAGAUGAAUGUGCCGGGAACAAAGUUUACGAGCAUUCCCGCAUCAAUCUGGUGGGCCGCCCAGACAGUCAUUCCAGUCGGUUAUGGUGACAUAGUGCCGCAAAGCAUGACGGGAAAAAUUGUCGGAGGGAUAGUUGUGGUGCUAUCAGCGUUGACUUUCACUCUGCCUUUGUUGUUCCUCGGCGGAAAGUUCUUGAAGUUCUAUGCUAAAAACUUCGGUGUCACGAUUAUGAGCGACUUUAGGCCAAGACAAAAAUCCUCGUAA